AUGGAGAUCCUACCAGAUGACAUUUGGCUGGAGGUUUUUACGUUUCUCACUCAGAGAGAUCUGCUUAGAGUUUCACCCGUUUGUCGAGCGUGGUAUCGCUUGUCACGUGAUAGUUCGCUUUGGUCGUGUCUUGAUCUUGAACCAUUCUGUAGAUCAUUGCAAGGGGAAACAAUACUGAGGUUGAUUAAUACUUUAUUUGCACCGAGCGGAAAGCAUCUCAUUCUCAACAAGAACCUUGUAACUUCCGAGAUGUUGCAAAGUUUGUUUGGAAAUUGCCGCAGAUUAAAAAGUCUCAGUCUCAACGACUGCAGGUUCCAUUCCGCUGGACCUUGGUAUGAGCUGACGUUUGAUCAGGUGGAGACACUAAUCUUUUUAGACUUGAGGAACGCCAGCGGAUUCGCUGCAGGUGUAGAAGAUAUCUUAAUACAAGCAUACAAUCUCAAAUACUUAGGUCUUCACUGUUGUAUCAGUCCUCGACUGCUGAUCAGAAUGUUUAUUACAAAGCACAACCUGCGCAUGAUUGACUGUACACAGUGUGACUGGGUCACAGACGACAGUAUUCAAACUAUUGCAGAAAACUCUCUAUUUUUGGAGGCAAUUUGUGUCGCAAAGUGCCGCAAUUUACAAGGAAGAACGCUUAACAUAUUGGUAGAAAAAUGUCCGCGUUUGAAAACGCUUAUUUUAGAAGGAACACAGAUAGUAGAUGAGUAUGUCAGACUAGUGGACUGGAGUCAAACAAACAUUACCGAGUUGAAUGUACUUCGUUGUUACCGCUUGUCAUUUUCAGGCCUGUCAGAAAUACUCCCUAAAUUAAAGCGCUUGCGCUACCUCAAGUGCGCGCUGACCGACGAAGUCCUAAAACUCAUUGCGAAUGGUUAUCCAUUGUUGGAAGUUUUAUUCCUUCAUCGGCGCUACCCAGUGACAGUAAAAUGCGUCAGUGAUUUACUGUUCCAUUGUCCAACUUUAACCUGUCUUGAUCUUUCAUCCAUUCCUUUGGCUUUUGUCUACUUUGAGAGCUUUCUUCCCAGCAUGCCUCGGCUUCGAAUGUUGAGUUUUGCUGGCAAUGAGCUUCUGGGCACUGAAAAAAUUAUUCGUUCGCUGGCUAGAAACUGCCUAGAUUUGGAAGUUGUCUGUGUCAACUAUUUCCAUUCAACUAACAACUUCGAAAUUGAGCGUGCUUUUGUGUAUCUGUUACAGAGGUGUGAGAAGCUCAAAGAGCUUAUCCUAAAUGGUUUAUUUGUUAGAAAUUUGAUCUUAUCCAUCAGAAGUUUGGCAUAUUAUGUGUGCAACAAGGAAGAUAUAUCAAUAGUAGAGAAUAAGCCCUUCUUUCUUCCCGGGCCCCAAAAUUGCCUAAACAAUGUUAAAAAUAGGAAGCUUUAG